GCCGUUGAGGGUUCCCGCCACCGCUGCUGGCGGGUUUGCCUGGCAAAAUUUCUCGCUGGCUGGCCUUCUUUUCCCUCCCGCACUUUGGUGGGGAGGGGGGGGACCCUCGCGUCGGCGCCUCGCUUCACGAUGACCCGAGAGAAGCCGAGGACGUUGUCAGUUCGGCCAUGCCCCCCAUCGCCUCGACCUGCUGGCCUCGCCGGGGAAGGAGCACCGAGGCGGUGACUGCGACGCAAACAACAAAUCAGACGCAAACAGAUUCAUUAUCUCCAUCCCCUAAUCCUGUGUCACCUGUGCCUUUGAAUAACCCAACAAGUGUCCCAAGAUACGGAACUGUGAUCCCUAACCGCAUCUUCGUAGGAGGAAUUGACUUUAAGACAAAUGAAAAUGAUUUAAGAAAAUUUUUUUCCCAGUAUGGGUCUGUAAAAGAAGUGAAGAUUGUUAAUGACAGAGCUGGAGUAUCCAAAGGGUAUGGUUUCAUCACUUUUGAAACUCAAGAAGAUGCACAAAAAAUCUUACAAGAGGCUGAAAAACUUAAUUAUAAGGAUAAGAAACUGAACAUUGGUCCAGCAAUAAGAAAACAACAAGUAGGGAUUCCUCGUUCCAGUGUAAUGCCUGCUGCUGGAACAAUGUAUCUAACCACUUCAACUGGAUAUCCUUACACUUACCAUAAUGGCGUUGCUUAUUUUCAUACUCCAGAAGUAACUUCUGUCCCACCGUCUUGGCCUUCACGAUCCAUAUCUAGUUCUCCUGUGAUGGUAGCUCAGCCAGUUUAUCAGCAGCCUGCAUAUCACUACCAGGCCCCAGCUCAGUGUUUACCAGGGCAGUGGCAGUGGGGGGUUCCCCAGUCCCCUGCCUCUUCUGCUCCAUUCCUAUAUCUGCAGCCCUCUGAGGUUAUUUAUCAACCAGUAGAAAUUGCACAAGAUGGUGGCUGUGUUCCUCCUCCACUGUCUCUGAUGGAAGCCUCCGUCCCAGAGCCGUAUUCCGACCAUGGGGUCCAAGCAGCGUACCACCAGGUCUACGCUUCCAGCGCCAUUGCUAUGCCUGCGCCCGUAAUGCAGCCUGAGCCCAUUAAAGAGCCAAGGUUACAUUCUGUGAGAAGAAGCUUUUCUCAUCCUUCACCUGUGGCUUUGAACCCUCGAUAUUCUCGAAGCCCACACUUCCAUCCUAGAAAAGAGUUCAGAGCAGAGGAUUCAGUUUCCACUCCACCUUCCUGUACUGACUUUGUUAAGUAGACUCUUGGGUAACUGUCUUGUCCAGAAAUAGAAAAUAACUAGCCCUGCUUGUGGUCUAGUAACAAAUGAGGUUUGGGGAUAUGCUUAAGGUUAAUGUUUUUGCUUUUUUUUAAAAUUUUUAAAAUCUUAGUAGCCAGAACAUGGGAGAUGCAGAAUUCAAUCAUGGUUUCCUUUAUUAACUCAGACACGUAAGUGAGACAGAGUUACAAGCCCUAGCACGCGAGACCACAACAGUCUUAGCAGCACGAUCAGAUCAUCAUACAUAACCACUUACAGACACCUUUGAUGGCUGGGUUUUCAGUCUCAUUCCAGAAGUUUCAUACUUGUAAACAAAUCCAUAGCAUAGAUAAAAAAUACUUAGCAACAGACCAUUUUUUUGUAAUGUUGUAUAACUUUUAAAAACUCCAUCUUGUUAGGAGAUGAUGCAUAAAUUCUAGUUUUCACAUUAUUUUGGUUUUACUACAUUUGUGUUUGUAUUUUAGCUAUAUUAAGUGGUUAUGAUAAAAAACAUUUCAAACUCUACUUACAUUACAAAUUUUAUACAUGUUGAUAUAAAAAUAAUUUGUGUAUUAUAAAAUAUAAAAUAUCCAUUAAUCUGUCAUAUUAUGACCACUUAUUGUAUAGUGGUUACUAUGACCAAAGUGACACUAUCCUUCAAUGUUCUUAAAGAUUAUCUAUUUCUCGCCCUCUUCUGUCAUUCCUACAAGAAGUACAAUUGUUCAUAGGGCAUAGCACCUUAGGGAAUAUAAGUAUUCAUAAUUACAUCAUGUCAGACUUGAUACUGUCAGGAUUUUUAUCUUUCAUUCACUCGGUUCUUUGUGAGGUUUAUAGGCUGUUAAAACAUUAGAAUUUACCCAUAACACAAUUUUAUUUCCAAAUACAAAGAAGCUAUGAUUGCCUGCUGUUAUGGAAUGAGAGAAGUUUCUAAAAUUAAAAAAAUAUGCCACAAUAAUUAAAAUUUUUAAAUUAAAAAUUACUAUCUUUUAAGUCAGUGCUUUCUGUUUACCAAAUGUAACUUCUGUUUUAAAAAAAAUUAUUCCUUUGAUAGAAGCUUGGAUUAGCAAAACAAUAAGGUUAUAUAAAUCAACAAUAUUUCAAUUGACUACAUGGAAAUUUACUUUAGAACUUAAUGAAAGUUGAUAGCACAAUAUUUCUAGGAAAUACUAGAAUUUCAGUAUUUUAAAUUUACACCUACUCCAAGAUUUAAUACUGUCUUGUACUUCUGCUGGGAAAGAGUAAGAAUUAUAAAAAGUUCUUAUAAUAUCAGAAAGGCAAUACCCAAUAAUAACUUGAAUAACUUUUUUAUUCUGUCUCAUAAAGGAUGAUGAAUAUACUCAGGGAUGUACAUAUAUAUUUGGGGUAUGUAAUCUUAAUAUUUCUGGGCUAAAAUACAUGUCUAGGAAUAAGAUGUAAUAGUAUUGUUUAGUAGAUAGUAUCUUCAUACAUCCUAAGGCUUUCCAUCUUUUAUUAAGACUAUUUCCUUUUGCUAGUGUUACUUUGAAAGUAACAUGCUAUAUGUAUUGUUACCAGUGCCCUAGCCAAAAUAUCAUGAAACAAUAUAUUUGAUACUCAACUUACCUGUUUUCAGUAUAUACUUUAAUCCCACAUUUAUUAUUCAGGCUUAUUCAGUGAAUAACAGGCGUUUUUCUAAAACCUUUAUAAAUUCCAAGAGUCUAAGAGUAAUUGUAUUUUGCAUUAAAAAAAAAACUGAAAGCGAAAUGUUUUUGUUAACCAGUUUAGUUCAGGCAAUUAUGCUCUCUCCUAAAAUACACUCUACUUCCACAUUAUCUUAAUUCUGUAAA